AUGCUCCAAGACAAGUACCAGCUGCAGAAAGAUAUGAAUGUUUCUCUUACUUUCGAAAGGGACCAUGUUAGUGCUGAAUUAAAAUUAGCAACGGAAAAAAUAUUUGGUAUGACCAUUGGUGCAGAGAAGAUUGACAGGAUGUUAAGUCUGGGAAAAAGGGCUGGUGAUACGAGAGGUUUGGGUUUUGAAAGUGAAAAGUCUAAGCAAGAGGUCAAAGCUGUGAAAUUCAUCAAAGAAUUCUCUUCUACUGAAGCGAAGGUUAGCCCAAAGAAAUUUAUACCAGUCUGUCAUUUUUGUGGAGUUUUUGGUCAUAUACGGCCUAGAUGCAAUGUGCUUAGAAAGGAGAAGAGGUCAGCUUACUACUAUUCUCCAAGAAAUUUUAAUCCAUCUCAAAGAACCAAACUAGUGUGGAAAAAAAAGGAGGAAAAGUGCUUGGUGACUUUAAUGGCCUUAUCUGCUAGAAAAUCUGAUACAUGGUAUUUCGACAGUGGUUGUUCAAGACAUAUGUCUGGUGAUAAAUGUUGGUUUACAAAUCUGAAUACAGAGUGUGUGGAAGGCUCUGUGACAUUUGGAGAUGGAAGUAAAGGUAAAAUUUUAGGGAAAGGAGAUGUUGAGACACUUGGCUUACCAUUCUUGAAAAAUGUCAUGUUGGUGGAAAAUUUGCAGGCAAAUUUGAUAAGCAUCAGUCAACUUUGUGAUGAUGGUAGCAGCGUGUGGUUUGAUAAAGAUCAAUGUUAUGUUGCUGAUUUUCAAGGAAAGAAGGUUAUGAGUGGCAUGAGAUCCAAAGAUAAUUGCUAUUGUAUUCAGGUGAAUGAGAACAAAAGUCUUGUGUGCAAUCGCGCUACUGAUGACGUGAUGGAACUGUGGCAUAGAAGACUUGGUCAUAUCAACUUUCGUGAUCUCUUGAAGCUGUCCAAGAAUGAGUGUGUCAGAGGUCUGCCAAAGCUGAGUGGUAAGUCUGCAGGAGUGUGUGGUGCGUGCCAAUUAGGUAAGCAAGUCAAGAGUGCUCACAAAAGCAUAUCCUACAUAUCAAUAUCCCAACCAUUAGAUUUGCUGCAUAUGGAUUUAGUUGGUCCCAUUCAGACUGAGAGCAUAGGUGGAAAGAAGUAUAUGUUGGUGUUGGUGGAUGACUUUACUCGGUUUACUUGGGUUGAUUUUCUUCGUGAAAAAUCUGAUGCAUUCAAGAGUUUUCGUGGCCUAUGCAACAAAAUUCAGAUCGAGAAAAAUGCUUCACAUGUUACUGUCAUGAGACUUCGAACAGACCAUGGAACAGAGUUUGAAAAUAUAAGCUUUGCUAAAUAUUGUGAAGAGAAAGGAAUAAAGCACGAAUUUUCAGCACCUAUUACACCUCAACAUAAUGGGGUGGUUGAGAGGAAGAAUCGCACCUUUCUUGAAAUGGGACGUGUGAUCUUGACAAGUGCUAAGAUAGCGAAGAAAUUUUGGGCAGAAGCUAUUAGCACAGCAUGUUAUACAGCAAAUCGUGUAUAUCUUAGACCGGGCACAACUUCAACUCCUUAUGAGCUUUGGAAAGGGAGAAAACCUAACAUAAAGCACAUGAGGGUUUUUGGGAGCGUCUGCUAUAUUUAUAGAGAUAGAGAAAACCUAGCAAAGUUUGAUACAAGAAGUGAUGCUGGCAUCUUUUUGGGUUAUUCUCUCACUAGCAGGGCUUAUAGGGUGUUUAACAAGAGGACAUGUACGGUAAUGGAAUCAAUUAAUGUUGUUGUCAAUGAUACUGAUAUGUCAUUUGGUUCUUGUGCAGAUGAUGAUGAGGAUAUUAUUCCAGCAGCUCAUAGGCAAGAAGAAAAGGACAAGGUGGCUAACAUUAAUGAUGAAGUGCAUGCAGAAGAAGAUAUGUUUUCACCUCCUCUUAGACCUGGUGCUCGGCAAGUCCAAAAAGACCACACACCAUCUGAUAUUAUUGGAGAUUUAAAUGAUCAAAGAAAGACAAGAAGCCAAGUCGUUGCGGAGGUAACUCAUCUGUGCUAUGUUUCCAAAUUGGAACCAAAAAAUUCAAAAGAAGCACUUCUUGAUUGUGAUUGGAUCAUGGCUAUGCAAGAGGAGUUAGACCAGUUCACUAGAAAUGAUGUGUGGUACUUGGUUCCACGUCCCAAGGACUUGAAUGUGAUAGGUACAAAAUGGGUUUUCAGGAACAAAACUGAUGAAAAUGGUGUUAUUACAAGAAAUAAAGCAAGGUUGGUUGCACAGGGAUAUUCCCAGGUUGAAGGGUUGGAUUUUGAUGAAACUUUCGCUCCCGUGGCAAGGCUUGAAUCAGUUAGAUUGCUUUUAGCUAUAGCUUGUCAUAUGAGGUUCAAACUACACCAGAUGGAUGUGAAAAGUGCGUUUCUAAAUGGGGUUUUACAGGAGGAGGUAUAUGUAGAACAACCUGUAGGAUUCAAAGAUCCUUACAAUCCUGAUCAUGUAUAUCGUCUUAGAAAAGCUCUCUAUGGGCUGAAGCAAGCUCCUAGGGCUUGGUAUGAUCGGUUGUCAUCCCAUUUGCUGAAUAAAGGGUAUGUCAGAGGAGCUGUUGACAAAACUCUGUUUGUCAAAAAGACCAACAAGGACUUGAUUGUUGCUCAGGUUUAUGUCGACGAUAUUGUUUUUGGGUCUACAUCUGAAUUUCUUGUAAAAGAAUUUACUGAAGUUAUGAGCAGCGAAUUUGAGAUGAGUAUGUGUGGGGAGCUGAGCUAUUUCCUAGGCCUGCAAGUCAAGCAACAAGAUCAUGGUAUCUUCAUUUCUCAAACCAAGUAUGCAAAAGACUUGGUAAAAAAGUUUGGUAUGAGUUCUGCCAAACCAACAAGGAAUCCCAUGGCUACACACAACAAAAUUGAUGCUGACCCUUCUGGAAAAUGUGUAGAACAAACACUUUACAGAAGCAUGAUUGGAAGCCUCUUAUAUUUAACAGCCAGUCGACCCGACAUCUCAUUCAGUGUUGGUGUGUGCGCUCGCUUUCAGGCAAAUCCAAAGGAGUCUCACUUGAAUGCAGUCAAGAGAAUCAUCAGAUAUGUAAGUGGUACUCCAACUUUAGGUGUAUAUUAUUCAUUUGACUCAAAUUCUGAAAUUGCAGGUUACACCGAUGCCGAUUGGGCUGGAAACGUUGAUGAUAGGAAGAGCACAUCUGGAGGGUGCUUUUAUGUAGGUAAUAAUCUUGUGUCUUGGCAUAGCAAAAAGCAAGCUUGUGUUUCCUUGUCUACAGCCGAAGCGGAAUACAUUGCUGCUGGAAGUUGUUGCACACAACUACUAUGGAUGAAGCAAAUGAUGAGUGAUUACGGCAUUUAUCAAGCCUUGUAG